AUGGGAGCAUUUGGUGAUCAUACAUUUCGAUCGAAGAGAAGCCAGGCUGAAUUUGAAAAGUCGUUUGUGGGGAAAUAUCAGAGACUUGUGAAGAAGAACUCUUUCUUGUAUAUGGGGCUACCGAUGAUGCUUUCUCUUGCGUUUGCUUCAAUUUUCAUGACCAACCUUACGUCACUAAGAUUUGAAAGAAGAGACGCUAGGGUCAAAGAAUUGGAUGAGGAUGAGGCUUUAAAGUUGGCUAACAUAAAGAAGCGGAAGGUCAAUAUCAACGAUGAAUACUAUAAACUUCAAGGAUUGAUGGACGAUAGUAAAGACUAUGAGCCUAAGAGGGUCGAGAGACUACCUGGAGAAACCGAAAAUAAGUUAUCACUUCUAGCAUUGUGA